CAACAAACACAGAAGAAGCUGCGCACUCCACACGUGUGAUAACAACGGGUCCAGUAAUGGGGAAGCGGAGGCAGAAAAAACAGCUUUUCACAAAUUUGUCCAAAAAACAAAAGAAACAUUUGAAGGAGUUUGGAGAGGAGCAUCCAUUUCACGAUGUUGUGAAUGAAAGACCUGAAAGGACCCAGAUUGUGGAGCUGCCGUCAAGCCCAGAACAAUCCGACUCAGAACCUGACAACCAGGAAGAAGAGGAAGAACCAGCGCAGCAAACAGCCUAUCAGAAGCUUCUUUCAACCCUCGGUGAACCCACAGCUGACACCAAGGGCCAAGAGGAUGAAAACAGUGAGGAAGAGGAGGAGCUUCUCUGUGAAGUAGAGGGUAGUGAUGAAUCUGAGGAUGGAGGAGAAGGAGAACAUGAAGAAGAGGAGCCUGGAGAUGAAGAGCAGGGAGUUGAAGAAAAGAAGGAGGUGGCAGGAGAUAAAGAGUUUGUGGACAAGGAGCAUGAGUCUGCGUUCUGUCUGGAGACCAACUUUAUGGAAAAAGGAGAACAGGAUGGAAACACAGCACAACUCAAGACUAGUAAAGACAUGUUUUUAGACCAUCUAGAUACUGAGCUCACUGAAGAGGAUGUGAAUAAAAUUACAUCUGGCUACAAAUCCAAAACUCAGAUCACGUUACCGAAAUUGGGAAAUCUUCUCAGCACUAAUCUUCUUGAUAGGUUUGACCCCAUUGGCCCCCAAAAAGACAGAAACCUCCCUAUUUUUCAUAAACUUUUGGAGAGCAGCUGGAAAGGUCUGAACCAGUCAUUCAAUCCUAAAGGACAGGCUGAAGAGAUCAGCCCUCUCCAGCUGGAGCUACUGGCCCUCAUGGGGUCCUACAAGGACCUGUAUCACCCAGAUAUGUGUCCUCUUAAGCAAGGCCCAUAUGUGCGCAGUGCCUACUGCCUCCAUGUGCUCAACCACGUCCUGAAGGCCAAUUCCAGAGUCCUGGCACAUAACGCCCAGCUGAGAGAGCAAAAGACCCAGGCUAAAGCUGGAGCUGAGCCGCAAGAUGAACCCAGAGACCAGGGACUGACCAGGCCAAAGGUUCUGAUUCUGGUUCCGUUCCGGGGGGGUGCUCUGCAAGUCGUCCACACUCUAGUCAGCCUGUUGGAGUCCAAAGGCAAGAAGAUUGUUGUCAGCAACAAGAAGAAGUUUAAAGAGGAGUUUGGAGAGGCAGAUGAUGAAAAACCAACCAACCUGCGUAGACCUGAUGAUUAUCACGCCAUCUUCUCAGGCAAUGUGGACGAUCACUUCAGGAUAGGUGUGUCCAUAGUGAGGGGCAACAUGCGUCUCUACGCCCCCUUCUACUCAUCAGACAUCAUCCUGGCGUCUCCGCUCGGCCUUCGAACUGUGCUGGGAGCCGAAGGAGAAAGCAAGAGGGACUACGACUUCCUGUCAUCCAUUGAGCUGCUGGUGCUGGAUCAGACUGAUGUCUUCCUAAUGCAGAACUGGGAGCACGUCUUGCAUGUGAUGAACCACAUGAACCUGCAGCCACUGGACUCCCACGGAGUCGACUUUUCCAGAGUGCGGAUGUGGAACCUGAACAACUGGGCCAGACACUACAGACAGACACUGGUGUUCAGCUCCGUCCAGGACCCACAGAUCAAUAACAUCCUUACUAAACACUGUGCCAACUACAGAGGACAGGUUACAAUAAAAAAUGUGCCAAAAACAGGCUCCAUCUGCCAGGUGUUGGUUCAGUUGCCUCAUGUGUUCCAGAUUUUUUCAUCCGACAGCUUCAUGGAUCAGGAUGCUCGGUUUCGGUUCUUCAAUGAUAAAGUGCUUCCUCAGUACAGGGACUCGGUCAUGUCCCACAUUCUGAUUUACAUCCCAUCCUACUUUGACUACGUCCGCCUGCGAAACCACAUGAAGAAAGAGGAGAUCAACUUCACCUCGGUCUGCGAAUAUUCCACCAAGUCGGAGGUCUCUCGAGCCAGGCAUUUCUUUCAGACAGGAGAGAAACAGUUCCUGCUCUUCACGGAGCGCUUCCACUUCUACAAGAGGUACACUAUCAAAGGGAUCAAGAACCUGAUAUUUUAUGGACUCCCCACCUUCCCGCACUUUUACAACGAAGUGUGCAACAUGCUGGCAGCAGGAGGUCAGGGGGAGGAGGCCAGCUGGACCUGCACUGCCCUCUACUCCCGCUAUGAUGCCCACAAGCUGGCUGCCAUCACCGGAGCCCAGCGAGCUGGACAGAUGCUGCAGUCCAACAAAAACGUUCACCUUUUUAUCACUGGAUCAGAGGACAAAGCCUGAACCGAUACCAGUCCAGUAAUUGUGCUUAUUAAAAUGGAUAAUACAUUGUCAUUCGUUCACUUCCAGUAACAAAUAUUUAUUGGUUUAUUAAAUUUGUUGAAGCAUUUGUGAAGGGACCAAAAAUAAAUUUAACAAAAACAAAAUCAUCAUAGCUGUUAAGAUGUGUCGAUUACCAGGGAAAUAUUUCCUCAUCUCUUUCUUGGUUAGAGUGCUUUGAUUUAACAAUAUAAGUGCUGAUUAAGUAGUUUUAUGACUUGGAUGCAUCAAAAGUAUGGAAGCCUGUUUGUACCAAAAAAAUUGUGUAAUUCCCAAUAAAGGUUAUUGAGUGUGA